AUGGCGCUGCUCGAGGAGCCCGAGGCGAUGGCCGAGGGCGCUGGCGGGGGCGGGACGGCCCCUAAGGGCCCUGCGCGGAUGAAACGGCCCGCGGUGCCGGACCGCGCAGAGAUGGACAAGCAGGUGGAGAAGCUGAACGCGGAGACGGAGCGCCACGCGGCGCGGAUCAAGGAGAUAAAAGGUGUCCUGGCGGCACGGCGGGACAGGUCGCGGGGCGCCUCCGGGGAGGAGUCGGCGAUCAUGCGCCGCCUGGCGGACCUCAGGGCGCAGUUCGAGGCCACGAAGAAGCAGAAGCAGGCGUGGAGGGACGAGAUGGCGCGUGCGGACAAGGCGCGCGAGGCGCUGCGGGGCCAGGUGAAGGCGCUGAAGGGGCGCGUGAAGUACGCCACGGUGGAGGACAUCGACGGCCAGAUCUCGCGCCUGGAGGCUGAGCUCAACGGGGGGGCGCUGUCGCCGGUGGAGGAGGAGCGCAAGGUGCGGCAGAUCAAGGACCUGGCGCAGAGCCGCGCGACGGUGAAGAGCUACCACGAGCGGCUGGAGAAGAUGCAGGAGGAUGACCGGAUGCGGGAUGAGCUCGGCAGGCGGGUGGUGGGGGCGGACGAAAGGCUGGACGCGCUCAAGGGGGAGAUGGCGAGCGAGAGGGGGCGGGUGGGGGAGCUGCACGCGGCGCGGGACGACGACGGCGCGGAGGAGGCCAGGCUGCGGGAGGAGAAAGAGGAGUGCUGGACGAUCAUGCAGGCGCUGCGGGCCAAGCGGGACGCCAUACGGGACGAGUACAGGGGCAGGUACGAGGAGUUCAAGAGGAGGGACGCGGAGUUCCGCAGGUGGCAGAGCGAGGACCGCAAGAAAAGGCAGGAGGCCAAGAAGAAGGACUACGAGCAGCGGCAGGCGGAGCGAGCGGCAGAGCUGGCAGAGUAUGAGGUGGACGUGUACGCAGAGAAGCUGCUUCAAUGCGAUCAAAUGUUGAGUUACCUCUCCAAGUUCAGUGCUCCCAGCAAAGAGGACUCAGCAAAGGAUGAGGCUAAGGAGAUCGCAGCCCCACAGCCAGGCAUGAAGCUUCUGAACAGGGAUGAGGACAAGGACCUUGGGUGGUUUGCUGGCAUGGGCAAGGGAAAGGCCAAGAAGACGAAGGGCAAGAAGGUGGUGAAGGAAGACAGGCCUGCAGAUGAGAAGAAGCUCAUGCACACGAUUGACAUCUUGCAGGCGUUUCAUCGGCUGCAGGUAAUGGUGCCAAACACCAUGUCUGACAUCCCAAAGACGAUCGAGCUUGUCAAGGAAAAGAAGCAACAGCUGCAUGAUCAAAAAGAGAAGGGUGUGGUGCCAGACGAGGCACCAUCGAUUGCCAAGGGCAACCAGCACAGCCAUUCGAAACCCGGCUCCAACAAGAAGUCUGAUGCCAAAGGAGCCAAGGUCGGACCAGGGGACCUCCAUGGAGACGAGUACCCCUCGCUGGUAGGAACGAAGGACCCUGCCGUCCAGGAACCUGAUGGCAAGGCCGCUGCUGAACCUGCUGCUGAAUCCAUGGGAGCUGUGCUGGAGGAGAAGGACGAUGGCCCCGCAGUGGCAGCGGAGGAACCAGCUACGGCUGCAGAGGAUGCAGUUGUGGCUGCUGAGGAACCAGCUGUGGCUGCUGAGGAACCCGCUGUGGCUGUUGUAGAGCGAGCCGCGGCUGUUGACGAGCCAGCUGUCGUUGUUGAGGAGCCACGUUCGGCUCCAGAAUGCGAUCACAAGGAACCAGCAACAACCACAGAGAAGCCAGGUGAGCCUCUGCACAACGGAGAAAAAGAAAAACCGGCCGAAGCGAUGCAGAAUGGGCAUGAAGACGUGAAGAUCAAAGAAGGCAGAAAGGCAGGGUGCUCGAAGCAGGAGGUGGCACAAGGUGGAGAGUUGCAUGCCAGCUGGACAUUCUUGCUGUAG